AUGUCAAUCAACGACACAGACUUUGACUUUGGGUAUGACAAGCCAGGUUCUGAGCGCUCACGCAGGAGAAGAGGCGAAGAUGACGAUAUUGAAAGUGAUUUGGAGGAGGAAUUGCUCGGAGACGAUGGCUGGACGUCGAGUAAAAAGCCAUCGGAAAUGUCCGACGAGGAGCUUAAUGAUGACCUUCUACAAAGUGACGACGAAGACCAAAAUAUCAGCUUGGCCACACCCUACGGCCAGCAGAAGGAAAAGGGCUACACAGACGACACAGAGAUGGGAUAUGAGGAGGAAAACUACAACACUAACCAAGUGGACUACAGCGGAGAGCCAGCCGAGGAAGACGAUGGCUACCAGGAUGAAGUGCUAGACCUUGAAAUCAACGAGCCUCUUGAGAGUGAAUUUCAAGAUGACAAGUAUACAAUGUCAUAUAAUGAGAAAUCUAUGGAUCAGCCCCAGGAGAAAGUUUCAGAAGCAGAAGAGUUCGUAGAGGAUGAAGUGUCUUCCACCGCCGAGAGCUCGCAGGUUGAAAGUGAAGCUUUUCUAGAAGAGUCUCGAGAGGAGUCUGAGGAGGAGGACGAGGAGAAUGAGGAGUCGGGCCGUUUGAGGUUCAAGUCUGAGAGAAAAGACGGGGCAGUGGUGCGUUUAGCUGACGCCGGGAGAAAGCGCAGCAACAUUCCUGAAACUCUGGAACUGUCAGAAAAGGCCAAAGCUGAUCUGAAAGAGUUCGAAGAGCAAGAGGAGAAAAAAAGACAAAACCGCUAUAACAGAGGGAGAGGAGGAAGAGGAGGCCGAGGAAGAGGGGGCAUGCUGGGGUACGGCCCACAGGACAUGAGGGGGAACAGAAGGCGAAUGAAUGAGCCCAGAUAUCCUUUCCUGGGCAACAUGAACAUGCAGCACCAGGGUCCCAGAAUGUCUCCGCAUCAACAGCACCAUCAUAUGCGCGCACGGCUAUCUCCCUCCUUCUCAGAUCUUGGGCGGCCGUUGGUCCAGCAGCCUCUUCAGCCACUGAUGCCUUCACACAUGACUCACUGCUCUCAGAUGGAGCCACCACCUCGAAUGAUGAGCUCCCCCCCUCCUGGCUUUCCCCAGCACUCCCACCAACCGCAACCGCCACCUCCCCAGCCCAAAAACAUCCACAUUAACCCUCAUUUCAGGGGCCCCACUACGUCUGUGUCAGUGCCCUUGAUGCCUCCUGCUCAGAGCCAACCUAGACCUGCUGUGGGUCCUCCGAGGUUCCCUGGACAUGGGGAUUUCCACACAUAUGGCCCCCCACAGCGGCCGCCUCCUCACAUGGAGCAGUUCAGGAACCAGCCACCUCCGGGGCCACAGGACCGAGAGCCCCUCUUUAUGGGAGAACAUCCAGACUCUGCUCCAUUUCCGGGACAGCCCAUAUUUGAGCACCACGACCCCACCCCUCUGAUGAACGCAAACAUCCACCCGUCUCAGCUGUCUGGACCAGGGCACAUGGGCUUUGGCCAUCCCAGACCAGUGUUUAAUCAGGCUGGCCAUGGCCAACUCGGACUGUUCCAGCGAGAACCUGGCCUCCCUGCUAACCACGUACAAGGCAUGAUGGGCCUGAACCAAGGAGGCCCCCUCAACCAGUCUAGAGCAUUCAUGGGCCCCCGGCAACCCUUUGCACAGCCUCGCAACCAUUAUAAUCUCCCAGUGCAAUAUAGGAUGCAGCCUCCACAUCAAGUGCAUGUACAUCAGCACCACCAUCAGCAACCUCAAAAUGAGCCUCGUCCCAUGAUGCACUCGGGCCAGAACUCCUUCCAUCCACUGCAGGCGCACAGUAGCCCCAGGCAGUCCACUCCUCGCACUCAGAACCCCCAGCUGCACAAUAUGGCAAAUAGGCAGAGAAUGACUACACCGACCCCAAAACAAGUCCAGAACCUACCUCAGCGCAACAGCAACCUUCGGGAGGUCCCGGUGGCACCUGGCAACAUCAACAGCACACGCCCCGCUAAAGCUCCCAAUGCUAACUCCACUGCCAGAGCAGCAAUGGGGCCGCGGCCGGGGCAGAGCCCGCAACAAUCCAACAGAGGACGAGGCCAAGCUUCUGCCCGCGGCAGAGGCGCGCUACAGCCCGGGGGUCCAGGCCGCAGCCAGGCCCAAAAGGAUAACACUGGCCCCAACACGGAAACAGUGAACACCGACGAAGAUGAGGAGACACGGCAAUACCGGCUGAAGAUAGAAGAGCAGAAGCGUUUGCGUGAGGAGAUCUUAAAGAAGAAGGAGAUGAGACGACAAAUGCAAGCUGGAGUCCGAAAGAAAGAACUUCUAGACAGACUGAAUUCACAUCCUCAAAGUCAACACCAGGGAACGUCGUCUCCUCAGAAUCCACUCCCACAAGCACAGCCGCCUGUGCCACAGCCUCCACCACACAGACCCAUGCCACAAAGGCAACAGGCGGCCAAUCAAGGACCUCUAUUGUCGACUAACGGCUCUUUCAAGAACCCCAACGCAGCUCCUGCUGUCCGGACACGUGGGGGCAUGGCACUGGGCAUAAACCCGCAGCUUCAGCAGGGUGGCAUCAACUCAGAGCAGCCACAGACUCUCGCUCCUCUGCAGCCGAUGCAGAGGAGGAGUGCUGCUCUUCAGAACACCGUCAGACCAGUGACACCAUCAGCGCUGCCUCCACCGCGACCAGGAGCCAAACGCACAGUGAUGCAGAUGGCUCCAGGCGCCGGUCUGCUCCCAGUCCCACAGAAAGUCCGACUUAUCAAACUUUCAGGAGCUGGGGAGAAGGUUUCAGAGGUCACCAGCAUCCCUGUAAAGGGACAAGGCGUCCAGUCACCGUCGCCACACAACAUGGCUGUUCAGAGAAAGGCGGCCGCAGCAGCGCAGCAGAAGCAGGAGCUGAAAGUACCUCAACAGAACCGGGUGGUGGUUUCAGGCCGGGGACGAGGACGAGGACGAGGACAAGCGGGUGCAGGUCGUGCUGUGCCCACCAGACAGGCCCAGGCGGCACAGAGUGGACCAUCUACAGUGUCUAUAGAGGGGCUCUCCUCCUCAACCACUGAACUGCAGCUGAAGAAUCUCCUCAAAUCCAUCGGGCCUAUUGAGAUGUUCAAAUUGCUUCCCCUGGAGAGAAAAGCCAUUGCAAGAUUUUCCAUUCCCCAGCAUGCUGCCAGCUUUCAGACCAGCUUCCAUAGGCACAUGAUUGAUUUGUCCCACAUUGAUGUGUCGCUGAUCGAUGGAUAA